GGAAGGCAGAGACCUGAACAAAGCCAGCUCUGCCUUCUGAACAUCAUUGCCCUGAACUCUACUGAUUUUUAGCGCAGGAAAUGGUGAGGUGGAAAUUUGAGAGGGGAAUUCAGAAACAUAGAAACACUUUAGAAUAAACUUGCCCUCUUAUUGCCCCACUAGAAAAAUGGGGGUGUUAGGGAGGAGGUUGGGAGGGGAAAUUAGAGAAGGCAAGGGAGAGGGCAAGUGGGUGGCAGGAGGUGGGAAAGUUUGGACAAGAACCUGAAGUAACCAGUGACCUAGGGGCCAGCCAUUCACUUCUCAACCCCUCAUUCACCACCUUUGUUUCCUGUCUCCGCAGAUCUUCAGGUCUGUAGUUGUGGGCGCCACACCAGGCAAGAAAAGGAGGACCUGCAGUAUCAGCCCAGGUCAGUGGAAGAGGGCAACUGCUCCAGGACCCCGGGAAGUAGGAGUGGCUUAAGCCAGAGCAGAAGUUGAGGGGGGAGGCCACUGCCUGCUGCCCCUCCUCCAGGCCUCCCUAUUGCAGUGUCAGGAUGAGUGGCCUGUGUCAGGUCCCUAAGGGAACAUGGUAAAUAUAGAGGGGAGAAGAAAGAAGGGAGGGAAGGGAGGGAUGGCACUGUGGAUGCCCCCUGAGUAUACAAGACCCAAAAGUAUACAAAGAGGAGCCCUGGAAACAGACCAGGCCAUUGUUCUGUCGGCAGUUCUGUGUCUUACAACUGCAGUCAAGGGAGAAAAGAAGGAAAAUGCCCAGGAUUCCUGCAGGUCCAUGUCAAUUGAGAAUACCCAGUUAAAGCUACAAGGGCGUAGCCAAGGUUAGAGCAAAGUUUAGGGACCAAUCUGAUCCUACACACUUCUCAGCACACCCCAUUAAACAUAGGUAGAAGUGCCUGUGAAAGUUUCCACAAGGUUGGCUCUUGUGAACGUGUGUGAAGUGGGAAGGAAAGGAGGAGAUAUAAGCGUGGAAGUGCACCAAGAAGGUGGGAUAGGGUCAGUAAAGCCCUAAAUCAGGACAGGCAAGAACUAUCCAGACCUUCAUUCCACCUCCUAAACCCUCAUUCUCCUUUGUCUCCUAGGACAGCCAAAGAAGGGAAAUCUCAACAUGGAAAAGCUCUACAAAGAAAGUGAAGGAAAGCUAGAAAACAAAGGAAGCCUGGAAAAUGAGGGCAAGCCUGAAGAUGAAGUAGACACAGAAGAUGAAGGAAAGUCAGAAGAAGAAGAAAAGGCGGAAGUGGCGGGGAAGCCAGAAUACCAGGGGAAGCUAGAGGAUGAGGGAGAGCCAGGUGAUGAGGGAGAGCCAGAGGGAAGGAAAGAAAAGCAGGGAAAGCCAGGAGAUGAAGGGAAGCCGCAAGAUGAGGGCAAGCUGAAGUCUGAGCGAAAGCCAGAGAGCGAGCCCCGGGCUGCUGAAAAGCGCUCGGCUGAAGAUUACGUGCCCCGGAAAGCAAAAAGAAAAACGGACAGGGGGACGGACGACCCCCCCAGGGACUAUCAGGAGGAUUUACACGAAAGGCGCUUGAGCAGUGAGGAGAUGAUGAGAGAAUGUGGUGAUAUGUCAAGGGCUCAGGAGGAGAUAAGGAAAAAACAGAAAAUGGGUGGUUUCCAUUGGAUGCAAAGAGAUGUCCAGGAUCCAUUCCCCCCAAGGGGCCAGCGGGGAGUCAGAGGAAUGAGGGGCGGAGGUAGGGGCCAGAAGGACAUAGAAGAUGUCCCAUACGUUUAAUGCCUUUGGCUUUCAAUUCUGGUUCUCCCAUGAGAAUAUUGGCAGCCCCGCUUUCCCUGGCAGGCAUUUGCCAGGCUCUGUGCUCUAACCUACGCUGAUACUUGGCUUUAGGUGUCACUCUUGUUACCAGCAGCCUUUGACCCCACUGCAGCCUCUGUGUUUCAGUAGGGGAUUUUCACCCAUGUGCAUGAAAGAGAUGUUCAUGGUACCUUGUAAAGUAUUAAUAAAACACAGUUUGCAGAAC